GUCACUAUCACAUGACAAAGGCUUGGAGAUAGCUUCAUUUUCCUCUGCCUGUAAUUUCCAUUUGCCUUCCUGGGUCACAGUAAUGAAAGGCAGCAAUAGGAAUAAAGAUCAUUCAACAGACGGAGAGGGUACUGGGAAACGACCAAAGAGAAAGUGUCUUCAGUGGCAUCCACUACUUGCAAAGAAAAUCCUUGACUUUUCAGAAGAGGAGGAGGAGGAAGAGGACGAAGAAGAUAUUGAUAAGGUCCAUCUUCUUGGUGCUGAUGGUCUUGAGCACGAUGCUGACGAAACAGAAGAUGAGGAAUCUUCAGAGCAGCGAGCUCGCAGGCCGAUGAAUGCAUUCCUUCUGUUCUGCAAACGCCACCCCCUUGUGCGGCAAGAACACCCCCGUCUGGACAAUCGUGGUGCUACCAAGAUCCUGGCGGAUUGGUGGUCUGUUCUAGACCCUAAAGAAAAGCAGAAAUACACCGACAUGGCCAAGGAGUACAAGGAUGCAUUUAUGAAAGCGAACCCUGGCUACAAGUGGUGCCCGCCUACAAAUAAACCUGUGAAAACCCAGUCAUCCACUGUUACUAACCGGAAAAAGCUGUGGGCUUUCCCAUCAGAACCUGCAAAAGAUUUGCCAAGUCCGAAAAGCGUGAAGACAGAAGAAAUGCCUCAGCUAAAUUUCGCAAUGGCAGAUCCUACACAAAUGGGAGGCCUCAGUAUGCUACUGUUAGCAGGAGAACAUGCCUUGACUGCACAAGAGGUUUCUUCAAGUACAUGCCAUUCUGAUGCAUCCAAUUCUACUGAAGGAUGUCUAAAGUCACCAUUGUUUCAAUUUGCUGAGAUUUCUUCAAUUCCAUCACAACCAGACGCCCCUGCAGAUUCAAAAGAAAGUGAGGAAUCAGCACUAUUUCAGUUUUCAGAGUUGGCGAGUCCUGAACCUAUAAAGCACUGUAGGAAGUCAGCGCUCUUCCAGUUCGCUGAGAUUUCAUCAAGUACAUCCCAUUCAGGUCCUCCUGAAUUAACAAAGCAGUGUGGGACAUCGGCAUUGUUUCAGUUGGCAGAGAUGUGCCUUGCCUCAGAGGAAGAAAAAGUUAGGGAACCCGGGAAGGAAAAGCUAGAAGCAUCCAGAAUUAUCAAAGCCUUGGAAGCACCAGAUGAGCUCAAAGUUGAAGAACCAGAGAGGGUGAAAGUAAAAAUCGAAAAAUCUCAUAAGGCGAGGGGCCAAGAGCAUGAGAAGACAAAGAUUGGAACGUCUGAGGAGGUGACAAGAUGCAGUCACAUUGCAGAUCCUUCUUUGGACAGCAUGACGUUAGUCGGACCUGACAGCACAACUGCAAAGGAUUAUGUAUGCCAUUCCCAAGAACUGACAAUGGCUGACAUCAGCACCUUAGGAUUAAGCAAGCCGGAAAAGCUAAAGAAGAAAAAGAAGAAGAAAAAUAAGCCGGACCAGCAAGCACUUGAAAAAUGUACCCCUAAGAAGGCUUGCAAAAAAAGGCAGUCUUCUGAGUCAGACAUUGAAAGCGUCAUUUAUACUAUUGAAGCGGUUGCAAAAGGGGACUGGGGGGCAGAGAGACUCACAGAAGUGCCCCGUAAGAAAGCCCGCCCUUCCUCAACGGCGAAGGGGAACAUCUUGGACACAAAGUUACCAAAGAAAAAAGUGAAGUCGAAAGAGAAAAGAGCUCUAAAGGAAAAAUGUGUAGAGACCACCAAAGAAUCAAAGCCUCCUGAUUUUUUUGAUGUUACCGACAACAAGGAACUGCCAUGCGAGGUACCCGAAAUCAUCAAAUCGGAACCGCUCACCCCAGUGGAAGAGAUGAUGCCACAAAGUUUACCAGAGCAGGUCAAAACCGAGGACAGUGACUGUAACAAGAAGACAGAGACAUGUGGCUCGAGGAAAUCUGAGAGAGCUUGUAAGGGUGCUCUGUACAAAACUCUGGUGUCAGAAGGGAUGCUGACAUCCCUGCGUGCCAACGUUGACAGAGGGAAACGAAGCUCAGGAAAAGGCGGCAGCUCUGAUCAUGAAGGAUGCUGGAAUGAAGAAAACUGGGCAUUUUCCCCUGGUGGGGCAAGUGGGAACAAAAAGCUUAAAAAACCUAAGCCAAAGGAAGAAAUAGUUUUGGGCUUAGCAAAGCUGGAGGAAGAAUUUGAGAAAAAAUUCAACAGCCUCCCUCAAUACAGUCCUGUCACAUUUGACCGGAAAAGUGCAUCUGUUCCAAGAAAAAAGAAGAAGCUGGGUAGCUGCUCAACAGACCAACAGAAAUCUAACAAAGAGUCUGCGACAAUGCAAGAACCUUUGGUUGGCAGCCAGAAGAGAAAAGCAAGGAAAACCAAGAUCACACACCUGGUUCGAACUGCAGACGGCCGAGUCUCACCAGCAGAAGUUCUGGAAGAGAAACCAAAGGAGCAACUGCAGAGUAGUCUUCUGAAAGCAUCGAGUAUAGGGAUGGACUGCAGCGAGGAAUCCUUGCAAAACAGUGAAUUGGAGGAAGGUCAUAGUGUAACACCAGACAUGCCAUCUGUCUCUGCAUUCUUUAGCCUAGCUGCUCUAGCAGAGGUAGCAGCAAUGGAAAAUGUGCACAGAAAUCAGAGGACGGCACCUCUCCCAUGUGAUGGACAGCCAAAAGAAAUGUCUCAGGCUCCAGUGCUUAUUUCCUGCGCUGACCAGUGAAACUCUACCCUAUUGUAAAACGUUGUGCUUUACCUAAUAUCCUAGCCUUGUCUUUACCAACGGAUGCUAGUCAGUCCAUAUGAUGGAGGAACCCAUAGACUCAAAAUGAGUGGUUUGUGUUCAGGGUAGCACAGAUUUCGCUUAUAGCUUGGGUCAGGUGGCCUCCGUUUUGGGGCACAAGAAUCUGCUAUAAGGGUGGUGUGUGUUUUUUCUCUGUUAAGCAACAGAAAUGAAAAGAUCCUGGAGCUUUGCUUUCUAUUGAAGGUUUUUAAAGUGGUAAAUACAUAGUUACAUGGAAGGGGGCAGACUUUACUGUAGCUCACACAGCAUCUGUUUUAUCAACCAGAAUAUGGAAAAUAGUUUCAUAUAAUAACUAGCUACUCUAAAAGAAAAGAAAAAUAAUACAGAAGAGGAAAGGGGGAGAAACUGACGCACUGCACUAGUUACUAGAUAUUCUUAGUCCUUUUUGUACAUGAAGAUUUCAGUUCUGAGAUGGUUUAUAUAAUAGGUUAUGCCUACAUUUAUAUUUUAGAGUGAAUUUAAGAACCUGUUUGGAGAAUCCAAGAAAGCGUGGGGCAAGCGUACCAUUGUUAGUGGCGUAUGCCCAUAAGUUCUGCACUUUUUUGUAUUUGCCACCAGGAUGGUAGAGUUUAUUGGCAAAAAAUGUUGACAGACUUUAUUUUGCUUGGGUUUUUUUUUAAAAUUAAGCAUAGAAUAAUGAGGAUGAUCUGCAUUUGAAACAAAGGUUUGGCAUAUUGAGAAAAACAAUUCUGCAGAUUACUGAUUUGUCUUUCAAGCCUUGGAGGGUUCAUUUAUUUUUGGAUAGAAGUCUAAAAUGACUAUGUGGGAACUAAAGCAGUGAAACAGGAAAAAAAAUACUAUUAAUAUGUUGUUCAGAAGUGACCUUAGUAUUACUUCACUCUUUGGGGCGGGGCGGGGGAAUUUUCAAUUGACAUGCACACUGAUGAACAUAUUAUACAUUUUACAGACACUGGAAUUGUCAUAAAUACUAUGCACAGUCUAAAUUGGCUUCAUUGGUUGUAUGAAGUGCCAAUGCUAGUUUGGGAUAGCUAAGUGCUGAGUGUUGCGUAAGUGAGUGAUGACUGAGAAAUAAUGUUCCUAAAUUUAGGCUGUCAGACAGAUCACUUUCCAGUUCAUGUUCCUUGUCUUUACUGUAUACGUUCUAACUUACUCCCAUGCACACAUCUCAUGCCAGAGCAGAUUCCAGCUUUCUUUACUUUUUUCUUUCUGUUUCUUAACCACUUCUCUUUUACCGGUUGCCUACAAUCCAGUACGGCACACAAGGAACAGUCAGGGCUACAUGUGCACAGAGCCCUUAAGAGUUAGCCCCACAAAUUAGCUGCUUGAUGUUCAACAGCCGAUUGGCAGGAUUUUAGCGAUGGGGGUAGCACCCCCCCCCCAGCCCAGCUGUUGGAUCAUUAAAGGGAACUGUGCACACAACGCUUGUUUGUACCCCAUCCAGCUAGGGACACACAAAUAGAAGCCUGUUUUUUCAUCCAUAUAGCCCCUGGCUGGAUUGGAGGCAACAUUGUUCCUAGCAGCAAAAUAUUCAUUGUUAUUAGAAUUUGACAUCAAUUUACACAUUCAACACAGGGUACUUCUUCCACAGCACAAGAUGUUUCCCUGCAUAUUUUGCAUCACAGCACAAAGACUUAACCAAAUGCUAUUGACCAGACCCCAGCAAUAAUUUUCUAUGAGUCUUCUUCUCUCUGGUGGGAUUUUGAUAGUGUUCAGUUCAGCGAGACCCUUUUUUUACUGAUUAGGUCUCUAAAUGAUGAGAGUUUACACAAUUUUAUCAGGCUUUCUUAAUUUAUACUUGACAGAAUUGAUAACGGAUGUGUGUUUUGGGAUUUUUUUUGUAAUUGGAUUUAAUAGCCAUAUGAAAAGUGACUCUUGAAACUUGCUUGGCUUAGCCUUUAAUUGUUGUAACCAAUGCAUGUAUUUCAGUGUCUUGUGUCAGAAACAACAUCAAACAGAUCAUACACAUUGUUAAAAAAUUAUGACAACUUAAAAGGAAAGUGUCACUUCAAGCCCAUGUAAAACAAAAACAACAAAAAACCAGACUCCCUGAAAGAUGCAAAUGGUGACGUGGGUGAAGGAAAAAUGCAACUUCAACAAGAAUGAGACAGUUAAAUGCUUUUUUUUUUCAUAGAAAAUUCAGGUAGAAAAAUCUUCCACAUGCUGCUGGAGCAUGUGGUGCUAUUUUAAUAGCUUGAUUUUGUUAACAUUUUCUAAAUUAUUUUAACAAAACAAAAUGUUGCCAUCAUGCCAUACUGUUGGACAUAUAUUGUGGUGGCUUUGGGAAUGUCAGGCCAUGUACUGGCUAUGGUUUAAAACAUUAUAAGUAGCUGAAAUCCAAAUACCUUACGGUGCAGCCUCUUCAUCUUGACAGUCAUACUAACAUACAAACUCUGUCGAACCCAUUAGAAUAGAUGCAUUUUUGCUGGAGUACCACCUUCUGCCAUUUAAAUUUCAAUAUUGUUCCUAAAAUAUUUCUUUAUAUGAAUGGUACAUUUAUAAAAGAUGCAUAAAAUUAGCUUUUUUCUAUGUGAAUUAAUACACCUUGAUUAUCUUCCUUUCUUAAACCUCAUGAACUAUCCCUUAGACAAGGGACUGGAUUUGGGUCAAUUUACUGAAAAGGAGUGUUUUCUGAUGCUUAUAAACCUUUAUGUAGAUAUGCUUAAUUUUUAAGCAGUUAGGCACUGAGAGUAGCAGAAAUCCUGCAAAGCUUUAUAGUUCAUUCGAAGCGCAGUCCACUUCAAAGUUCUCUUUGCACAAAACCCCAUUGGAAUGAGCAGUAUACAUGUUUUCUUCAGUUUCCAAUCAUUUUAGUGGUGCUUUUGCAGGAGAAUCUACAGCUGGAUGGUGCCCUGUGGCUUCCCCCCCCCCCUCAGAAUAAUGUUUUGAUUUCAAUAGAGAGAUUUGCUGUAGCGCUGAAUUUGUUAGAAUGGGUGUCCCUAAUUUCAGGUAGAAAGAAAAUUUGUUAGCACA